AUGGCUCUUCGUGCUGCUUCUUUCGCUCCCUCUGCAGUUCCUGUGUCUUCAGCAUGCGAGGGUGUGGAUUCAAUUGCUUGCAGCUGUUAUUCUGCUUCUCGCUCUUCCUUGCAUCAUCACCACCAUCUGCAGCAGCAGCAGCAGCAGCAGCAGAAACACGAGCAGCAGCAGAAGCACGAGCAGCAACAGCAACAGCAGCAGCAGCAGCAACCUGGAGCAUUUCGUUUGUUAGAUUCUCUUAAUCGCCUCGGGUCUUGGGUUUGUGCGGGCGAGGGCUUUGAUAGAAAUGCAGAGGGGGGACAGCUGAAGACGCGGAGGCUUCUAAGGGCUUCGCUGCCUUCUACUAGCUGCUGCAGCAGCAGCUGCAGCAGCACCUGCAGCAGCAGCAGCAGCAGCAGCAAGGGGAGUGCAGCAGCAAAGCUUGUGUUUAAAGACAGUCAUCUCCAUAGCUGCUCCUCCUGUGCUGCUGCUGAGGGUCGCAGCAGCAGAGCGCGGGCAUGCCCCUUGGGUGGAGGCCGAGGGCUUGAUGCUGCAGCAGCAGCUAGCUGCUGCAGCAGCAGCAGCAGCACUAGCAGCAAGGUGUUUAGGGGUUGCGAAGCCCACAGCAGCAGCAGCAGCAACAACAACAACAGCGUCAAUAGCAGCAGAUUGUCUGCUUGUGGUGGCGGAGGAAGAGCGAAGGAGAAUGACAGCGGCAUGCGUUCAGGAUGCAGCAGCAGCAGCAGCAGCAGGUACAGCAGCAGCAGCAGCAGCAGGAUAAGGUGCAGCAGCAGCAGCAGGAGGGAGAUGGAGGAGCUUCAGAUUUUGCUGCAGCGGGGGGACGCCGUGUUGUUUGAGCACGUACGAGCGAUUGAAGCAUAUCAAGAGCUGCUGAGUGCAGCAGCAGCAGCAGGGAGAGGCAGCAGCAGCUUACACUGGGAGCUGCUAAAUGCAGGAGAUAGAGUUAGAGAGGAGUUUUUGUGGCUGUCACGAAGAGGAGGUGUGGGGUCAAAGACAGCAGCAAAUCUAAGAGCACAAGCAGGAAGACGUGCUGCUGCAGUAGAUAUUAUAAUGAGUUAUGCAGCAGACUUGCAGCGCUGCUUUGGAGCAGCAGCAAGAGAUGUUCCUAGGGUGUCUGUACACCUGGCAGUGUCUAUACUUGAUGCAGCAGACCUUAUAUCUCGAGUAAGAGGAGAUGCAGAGGGGUUAAAGAGCUGUGCUGCCUUCUGCUUGCUGCUAGCAAUGCAGCAUGAAGCUCCUAAUAGCACUGCACUUGAAGCAAAGUUAAAAAGGUUGCUGGGGCUAGAUAAUUUAAUACCGCAGACGUUCGGGAUGUCUUUCGUUGCGCUGCAGCAGGAGACGCUGGCUAAGCUUAACGGCUGUCUCUGCAUGCCUCUUCCUCUUGAAUUUGCUUGCUCUUACUUGCAGCAAAUGCAAGAUGCUGACGCACAAAACCAGCAGCAGCAGCAGCAGCAGCAGCAGCAGCAGGUGCUGCCAGGAGCAGCAAGCAGGGCAGAGCUUGUGUCUUAUUUAUUAGAUUGCUUUUGUCUUGCGCCAGAGUAUGUGGUGACGCCUCCUUCGCUUGCUGCAGCAGCAGCAGUAGAAUUAGCUCUUCGUAUUGCAAGUGCAGAUCCUACCACCCCACAGACCCCACCCCACACUCGACCCCACACCUCCCGGGGGAACGAUCCCGAUCCCGAUCCCGAUCCCGGGAGACGUGGGGGCUCAAGACCCACCUCCAACCCAGACAGACGUAUAGGAGGAUAUACAAAGCAGCAACUACGACCUGCAUUGAAGGCGCUGCAGCUCUUCUUAACAACCAAAGCAGAUAAAUACCCAGGGCUUCAGCGCCUCCACCUCAAAGGCUGGGGGUCAGUGAACUGGCAGAUAUCUCACGAAUAA